AUGACCAACGAGGGACGCGACAUUAGCCAGCUAGCGGGACUGGAUUCUUACGGAGGGCAAUAUAUUAAGAACUGGGCACUGAAUACUGAGCGAUCUCGACUAGAAGCGGAAAUAGCCUAUCUAAACUACCUUCUUGUGGCUCACGGGGAUUGUUGCGGCGCUUCGCAGGUCUGCACGCACUCUAUGCACCUAGGGCCCCCUGAGAACAUACCGAACAAUCCCGCAGGUUACUGA